GCCGCGGGGCGGCGAGACGGCGUGGGGCGGCGGGCGCUUCCCCGGGCGCGGCGGGCUGUGGUCACAGGUGGGCGGCGGCGGCGAGCGGAACCGGAGUCCGGGGACCCCAGCGAUCACGCCGGGGGCCCCGCGGAGCUCAGACCGGGCUCGCGUCCGCGCCCUGGAGGCGCCGACCCUCUCCCCCCGCCCCGGCUUCCUGGGCUGCAGCCGCACCUCCGCCCGGAGCGCAGGGCUCAUGGUGACAGGUGGCCGUCAUGACACCGAAGGGCGGUUUGAAGUCAGUGAAGAAGAAAAACAAAGCGGAGGAACCUGAAUUGGAGCCCCUGUGCUGCUGCGAGUACAUAGAUCGAAAUGGGGAAAAGAACCACGUGGCCGCCUUUUUGUGUGAUUGCCAAGAUCUGGAUGAAGGGUGUGAGAGAUGGAUUACGUGUAAAUCUGUGCAGCCAGAGACUUGUGAAAGAAUCAUGGAUACAAUCUCUGAUCGCCUCCGAAUUCCUUGGCUUCGAGGAGCCAAAAAAGUUAACAUUAGCAUCAUCCCGCCUCUCAUCCUCCUGCCCAUCUUCCUCCGAGUGGCCUCCUGGCAUUUCCUCCUGGGGGUGGUGGUUCUGACCUCCCUGCCCGUGCUGGCCCUGUGGUACUACUACCUCACUCACCGAAGGAAAGAGCGCACUCUGUUCUUCCUGAGCCUCGGGCUGUUCUCUCUGGGCUACAUGUACUACGUGUUCCUCCAGGAGGUGGUCCCCAGAGGGCGCGUGGGGCCCACCCAGCUGGCUCUUCUUACCUGCGGGCUGUUUCUGAUCCUCUUAGCCUUGUACAGAGCCAAGAAGAACCCAGGCUACCUCAGAAAUCCCGCCAGCGAGGACACAUCUCUGGGCAGCCACCGCACGGAGUGCCUGCACAGAAAAGGGCAGAGGACCAAAGGGCUCCCUGGCGGGGAGGUGCCGGGCACCCUCAGCAGCCGCACCCUGAGGGAUGACCAGAAGGGCUCUUCCAGGUUGUUGGCGGGAAGCCCCAUGCAGGCGAAGGAAGACUGGUGUGCCCAGUGCCAGCUCGUGCGACCUGCCCGGGCGUGGCAUUGCCGGAUAUGUGGCAUCUGUGUGAGGAGAAUGGAUCACCAUUGUGUCUGCUCGGCGCUGACCUUCACCUGCGUGUGGUACUCCGCGAUCAUCACCGCGGGCAUGGGCUACAUCUUCCUGAUACAGCUGAUAAACAUCAGCUACAACGUGACCGAGAGGGAAGUGCAGCAGGCCCUUCGACAGAAGACGGGGCGCCGGCUCCUCUGGGGGCUCAUCGUGGACACAGGCCAGUACAACAGGGGCUUCCUGCGGAACUGGCACCAGUUCUCCACCCUGGGCACUGCCCCGUUCCAGCACCCCGCCGAGGACAUUGUCUGACGUGCCUUCUGUGCGCUCCAGGUCGGGGCGGGGGCAGGGACCCCCCUGCUUCCCUCCAUCCGACACUUCAGUGUGCACUUGGGAUGCUCGCCUUUAUCCCUAGUUUCUUAAAGGCAUUAUAGGGUCACGCUCAGGUUGAGACUGGACUGGAGGAACGAAUCUUUCUGACUUCACAGCUUAAGAGAUUUUUAUAUCGAAGCAGUAAAAGUAGAGCCGUUCCUUUCCAGGCGCCUUGUUAACUAACUCAGUCACCAGAAGCUGAAAAGGAUGUGGAUUGCUGAUGCACAAAUUGAUCGAAGCAAUUCCGUCCCUCAGUGUGGGAGGAAGAGUCUUGGAUUAGGAUAGUUUCUACUCCUUUUAAUUCCUAAUAGCCAUGUGACCCUUCUUCGAGUCACUUCCCCGAAUCUCAGGUUCAUUGGUAAAGUGGGGUCCUGACGUCUGCCCUGGCUUCCCCCCAGAGCAGCUGUGAGGUCACAUGAUGGAUGAGAUAUGUGAAAAGCACUGGAAAAUAAAGCACCAGAGAGGUCUGAAGUAUUAUCAGGAAAAUCCGAGACUGAAAGAAAUGUUUGUAGUUCAGAAUAUUGAAGCCAUUAUUAUUAAUCUCUUUUUAGGCAUUUCAGAGUGAAAAAACGAUCCCCAAAUACUAUGCUGUACCGUUAUGGGAGUUUCUCUUUCGGAAGCAUUAGACAGUGACUACUCAGGGUAGCAGAUGACCGGAUGGAUUUACAGUUACCUGGUCUUAAAAGGAGAGUUGAUACCAAUUAUGAAGCUAAUUAUUGCUGGUGUAAUGUACAGCGGCCCUGAGUUUGGGUGAUGCAUCUUAUUUCUUAGGUAUUUGUUGUUUAAAUUUACUCUAAAUAACUCCACGAGGCAUUAAUGUUUCUUCCUCUUUCCAUGUCUCACGUGGUAAGGUGCUAGCCACACUGUGACGAUGGCUGGAAGAGGAUAACAGGCCUUCCUACAGCGAACACUUUACCUUUCCUGGGUACGGUGGCCAGUUAAUAUUAAGGGCUUGAUUUUUUUGUUUUGUUUGUGUAGGUGAUUUGAAUGCGGUCAGCUCUAGCAGUACGUUGCAAUAAUCCGUCUUCCGGCAUUCACAUUAUCCUGGCAUGGACUCUCUGUGAGGGGUUGAUUGACAUCUUCCCCCAUAACUUGUACAUUCUCGUUCACCUUUCCCUAGAUAAAAGUAUCUCACCAGGAGAGAUAAAACAGGGUAUAUGUGGUUUCCACUAAUUAAUGGAUUCCUGUUGUUCCCUAGUUCUUCCUAAAAUAUCAAGUUAUUUCUUUAAUCAUAUCUCAAAACAGAAAAUGUAUGAAGGAUUAAAUAUUUAUGUAUAAUGGGUCUAUUCUGCCACAGAAUUAAGAUGAGGCAGUUUCAGAUGGGGAAGAAAUCAUCUUAAAAUAUUUGGUUUUGUACCUGUAAUUUUUAAAUUGAAUUUAUUGGGGUGACACUGGUUAAUAAAAUUAUAUAGGUUUCAGGUUACACAAUUCUAUAAUACAUCAAAUGUAUAUUAUAUUGUGU